UGCACUUUCUUGAUGGCUAUAUAUGUACAGUACAGCCACAAGAAAUCAUGACGGACAGGGAAGAAUGGCGAAGAUGAGCACCUUGCCAGUGAUCGAUCUGCAAGAGUCUGGAGAUAAUCUCAAGAAGAGGCUGAGAGAGGCGUGCGAGGACUGGGGAUGUUUCAGAUUGACGAACCAUUGUAUUGAUUCAAGUCUCAUGGCAGAGAUGACGAAGGUUGUGAGAUCUCUGCUUGACCUUACUGUAAGGACCAAGAUGCGAAACACCGAACAACUUCUGAAAGCAACUGAUUAUAUUCCUCCAAGUUCUGAGAAUCCUUUCUUCGGGAGCUUGGCACUCGAUGACAUGGUUUCUUCUCACGCCGUUCAAACUUUUUGCUCUCGAUUAGAUACUUCUCCUCACCAAACAAAAGAUGGUAGAGAGUUUGGGUUUGGAAGAAGCAUAUGGAUAUUUCAAGGAAUGGAUAUGUUAGUUCAAGAUAAACAGGCAUAAUUUCACACUAGAAACAAUAGAGUCGUGUGGUGUGCAAAUGCAUACAGACUCAAGCUUCGUCACCUGCAAGAUGAUGAAAAUGUUGGAGGGCUUCAAGUGAUGAACAAUAAGUCUGGUUCCCUUGUUGAUGCCCCUCCUUGCCCAAAAAGCUUCUUUGCCAUUCUUGGUGAUAUAGCUCAUGCAUGAAGCAGUGGAAGGUUUGCAACUAUGAGACACGGAGUAGAGUGCAAGGAAGUAAAUGUGAGUGUCAAUGGCUUCUUUCUUGUUGGGACCAAAGAAGGGAGACAUAGAAGCACCUGAGGAGGUUGUGGACUACGAUCAUCAUCCUCAUUUCUUUCCUCCUUUCUCUUUUGAAUCUCACAAGAAUUUUAGGAUGUCCCAGAAAAUCCAUGCCUGAGAAUCCCUCAUCCUAGUACUCAUCUCUAUGACCUCUGAUUAAAUUUAGAAGGUCAAAAUCUGAAAAAUCAAUGAAACUUAAAUUAUCUAAAUGUAAUCUUAAAUUAUUAAGAAGUGGAAGGAAUUAUACAAGUUGUGUAAGUGUGAUUUUUUGUUGUUUGCUUGUGUUGUUUUGAAUUUACGAAAUUAUAUAAUUUGACAAAUGUCAUGUAGA